AUGAGUGGAACACACGAGAGCGAGCGGCUGCACUCGACGGUGCGGCUUAACCAGUUUACUCUGCAAUUUGAAGACCUCGUGCUAGAGAAGACAUACCAAGCGGAGCUUCACCCACGCAAGAAAGCGUUGUGGCUGCGCUCGCUGCUGCCAGCUGCAGCCUCUCAAAUUUUAUUCGCAUUGGCCGAUGGUCUCGAUUUUCCUAUUGAAAAUUUGCUGCUUACUGUCCCAACUCGAGUUUUUCUUGCAAUGCUCCAAGUUGCAAUGUGGCUGCUAGUUCGCUGGGAUCUGGUACAAGUGAAGGAACAGACAAUAUUAAUGGUAUCAGUAGCUAGUGGUUUUCCCACGUUGUUACUGUAUACUUUGCAACGAACCUGUCUUUGUCAAUGGGAUGCGUUAUUUGUGACGUUUGGACUGUCAUUCUAUACAAUUCCCAAGGUGACACCAUUGGGUUAUGUGUCAUCUUUUUACGGCAGUUGGGCGACGACUGCAUUGUAUACUAUGCUCACAUUUGUGAUUCGACCUUCACCAAGACAAGGAGAAAGUGUACUGGGUAUUUUCUUCUUAGUGCCCAUGGUCUGGGUCUUCAACACUAUUGCUUACUAUUCCGAGUGCAAUUCUCGGGAACGGUUCGCUUUGCGUCGACGUUUACACCGUGAAAGUAUUACUUUAGCGGUCGCGUGUACGUCUGCAAGAGGUGAAGCUAUGCAACAAGGUGGAGAGGACGAUGGGGGAUGGCUCUUGUUGCAUACUGUGUCUCUGCGUGGAAUGUUAGCCGCCAAUACCGAUAGUACUGCGUCUUUUAUCGUCGCUGUGAUACUAUGGGGAGCUUUUACGCUAGGUAGUUGGACAUCGCUCCCCGACACGUUAAAAUUUGUUGAUGAGGCCACUGGUUGGGCGUGGUUUAGUCACUGUGCGGGUGUGACGGUGUUUCUUCUGGUGAUGACAAGGCGGCUUCGGUGGCUGCUGGUGGUGCCAGUUUUUGGUGCGUUCUUGUUGUGGGUAAUGUCGCUGGCUAUGCCGGCAUCCUGGAUUAUUAUCUCGGCUCAUAGUAUGGGAUACGGUCUGUUGCUGGCUUCCGUGGUUAUUGCCAUGGGCGUAUUUGGCUGGUUCGUAUGUGCAUGGAAAGAGCUUGUGUCUUUCCUGACACGAUCUUGCUUCUUGUAUCCUCAACUUCAGGCUGGUAUGGAAAGGGAAUAUCCGCUGCUUGUGCGGAUUGUAUCCGAGCACACGGCUGGAUUUGAUCCUGAAAUUUUGUCGGCACGGGUCCCGACAAUGAUUGCAAUUAAUUCAAUGGGCAAGCAAGCAUCGGAAACUACUGUAAUUUCGUCACAAAGAGUGGAACAGAAAGAACCCACGCGAAGUGCUCUAAAUAUGAAGCAGCAAAAAGUAAAAACGGAAAACAUGCAACUCCAGAAAGCAAGUGAGAAUCAAAAUCCAUCUACGGCUAGCAAAUGCCAGGGACCUAACUCUGUUCUGGAAAGGACCGCAAUUUUGGCAGAUUCAUCAUCAGAACGCCAAGAUACGAUGGUAACCACUGACACAUGCUCCGAUUACAAAAUGAUUUCGGUCUUGCCUUCUUCUAAGCCGGGAAAGUGCUUCUUCUGCUCUAAAAACGAUGCAGAGCAUUUUGUGCCUGCUUGCGGAAUGUGGGGAAAAUGGACCUAUUGGCGAAUGAAUCAGCAGCACAACGUUUCAACAUCUUCAAAAAGAGCGGUCAUCUCGAAAGGCACAAUUGCUGUUUCGAUGUGCACGUCCUACUGCGAUCUUCAAAAUGCCAAGUCCCAGCUUGAGACUCGUGUUCAAGAUGAGAAAAAGAAGAGCGCUGAUCUCAUGAAAAAGCUUGCAGCAUGCGAAGGAUCCGAACAGAUACUGUCGCUGGAAAACGUCAGUUUAAAGGCAGAGCUUUGUGCAAUGGAGGAGAAACACGCGGCAGAUCUACGGCGACAGGAGGCGCAUCUCCAAGAGAAAAUGGAGGCUGUACAGAAAGAGGCGAAUCGGCUAGCCCACGAGCAUAAACUGCAGGUCAAAACUAGUGCAGCAGCCCACGCUGCUACAUUGCAAAAGCGACUUGCGAUUAGCGAGCUUCUCAUUCAGGAGGCUGAUAAUGGUGUCCAAAUUGCCAAUGAAGAAGCAGCAGAGUUGCGCUUGAGUCUUAAGCGGAGGGAAACGGACAUAGCUGAAUGGAGAACCAAAGCUAAUGAACUUACGAAACAGCUAUCGAGCAUGGAACUUCAGCUACAGCAUCAGUCACAGAGCAGACCAUCUCUACUUGUCGGUUCCUCAGCGUUGGAUUCCUUGCUCGCCUUUACGGCAAGUGAAGGGUCAGUGAAUGUUUCACCUCUGGCAUCGCUUCAUACGCUUCAGCCGAUUGGACGUCUACCAUAUGCACAAUCGCUGGAAAUUGAAGGCCUACGGGAGUCUAGCAGACAGUUGCAUGAAGACGUGGACUAUUCGAAACGAUGGCGACUUCUUCAGAGUUCUGAUCCGAGCAGAAGAGGCGGUACACAGUAA